AUGACCGAGCAAGAUGUAGUCCUCGGCGACCCUUCGAGACCGGGCUACUCGCUCUGGACUCGAUCUCUCAUCGCAGGUGCUCUGGCCGGCCUCACAGUCGACUUCUCCCUCUACCCUCUCGACACGGUCAAGACACGAUUACAAUCGAACCUGACGACAGGCCAACGCCAUGCCUCGAGCCUUCUCCCGCGGCACACAAUCCAAGGCACCCUGCGUAGCAUGUACGCGGGUCUCCCCUCGGCGCUUCUGGGGUCCAUGCCCUCAGCAGCGUUCUUCUUCCUAGUCUACGACGGAGUAAAAAGAGGGAGCUCGACUAACAGCACGUCUGUACACAUGCUCGCCUCGUCACUAGGCGAAAUUGCUGCCUGCGCAAUAAGAGUCCCCACGGAAGUCGUCAAGCAGCGAGCCCAAGCCGGCCUCUUCGGCGGUAGAUCCCUACUCGCACUGCAAGACAUCCUGGCACUCCGCAAGACCGAAUCCAUCCCGACCAUGGUGCGCGAGCUCUACAGAGGAGGCGGUGUGACCAUCAUGCGCGAAAUCCCUUUCACAAUCGUCCAAUUUAGCCUAUGGGAGUCCUUCAAGUCUUCGUACUCACAACGACAGCACGAGACCACAGGCCGUCAAAAAGGACUAGUCACUGCCGCCGAGAGUGCCGUCUUCGGCAGCGCCGCAGGUGCCGUAGCAGCGGGCAUGACCACGCCUCUUGACGUACUGAAGACGCGGAUCAUGCUCGCUCGACGGGAGACAGGCAGUUCGGCCUCGACCAGAGCUGGGCCCGUCAAGAUCUUGCAGGGUAUCUGGCAAACCGAAGGCCUUUCCGGCCUGUUUCGCGGAUUCGUCCCCCGUGUUGGCUGGAUCAGUACAGGCGGUGCCAUCUUUCUAGGGACGUAUCAAUACGUCUCGAAUCAACUUGCAUCUGUCGAUCCCUAA